UCGGUGUUGCCUCUGCGUUCGGUUUCAAAGUUCAACGGGGCGAACGUUAGAUUAGCCUCAUGUGAAAGUUCGACCGGUAAAAGGUUAUUUACCGGCCUAUAGGUUGUUAAUUCGUUGACCACAGUCACUGUGUAUUCCGGUGGGAUAGCUGUUACCGUUACACAUAACUGUUUGCUGUGUUUACUAGAAGAAAAAAAUGAAUUCAAACGGAGAAACAAGCGAGGAGACAUCGAAAUCCCCAGUUUCCACUCCGGUUGACGUCGCAGAACAACGAAAGAGGACCAAAGUUAUUUCCAUCGUAUAUAUCAUCGCUGCCUUGGAUAUCACAUGGAUGUUUUUACAGUUUUCUGUAACCCCUUAUUUGGCAAAGAAACUUGGCUUCGACACCUUGAUGUUUGGUUAUUUACAAACCACGGUAGGUGUAAUCCAGCUGUUUGGAGGCCCAAUGUUUGGAAGGUUUGCAGAUCUCUUUGGAGCACGAGUCGCCCUGUCUUUGGCGUGUUCUUCAACUGUCGUUUUCUUUCUGCUGCUGGCCAUCGCAAACCACCCUGCCAUGCUGUUCAUCCACAAAAUCCCCACAGUCUUCAUGCACGUCCUACCUUCUACUCAGAUGGUCGUGGCAGACCUCUCAGAGCCUGAAAAACGGGCGGAUGCUUUAGCCAAACUUGGUCUGUGUUUUGGGAUCGGUAUGAUAGCAGGCUCCACUUUAGGCGGUCAUCUUAACACACGCUACGGGGAGACGUUCACUGCAUGUUUUGGUGCUGCAGGGAGUGCCUUCAGCUUACUGUUGGUUUUAAAGUUUAUCCCAAAAUCCACCAAAGUUCAUCCUUCAAAAACCAACACAGACAGUCAAAGCAAGAACAAAUCUGUGUUCAGUUUGGGAGAGAUCACGAGACUGAUGAAGUUUCCUGGUGUGACACCGACUUUUCUAGUGAAGAUAAUCGUGGGAUUGCCAUCAGGUAUUUUCCAGGUAAUGUUCUCCAUCAUUGCACUGGAGUUUUUUAAGCUGGAGCCUCAGCAGAACGGAUAUCUGAUGGCUUAUUUUGGCAUCGUCCAAAUGGUAAUCCAGGGGGGAGUGAUUGGCCCGCUUACAGCGAGGUUUUCUGAUAAGUCGCUGCUGCUUCUGUCCAUCGGGGUUUCAGCUUUGGUUGGACUAGCUCAGGCGUACAUGCAGAACGUGUUCCAGUUCUGCAUCAUCGUGCUUCCCAUGAUGUUUUCUCUCAGUGUGUUUAGCGUCAUCACAGACAGCAUUCUCACCAAGAGUGUGCCGUCGUCUGACACAGGCACAAUGAUGGGACUGUGUGCAUCGGUCCAAUCUCUGCUUCGCACAGUUGGUCCAACUAUCGGUGGCUUCCUGUACGUGAACUAUGGCAUUUCAUCGAUAGGCUUAAUCGAGUUCUUUGUGAAUAGUUCAGUGUUUGUGUUCAUGAUGCAGCGUCACCUAAGUAGGACGGCAGAACAUAGGGAAUAAAAUUAUUUAAACAAAGCUUCUCAUCAUCUCUGACAGAGAUGUAAAUAAAUGUAUGAUUUUAGGAACAAUCAUUUCUUUUUAAUUUAAAAUAUCCUGUUUUGUUUUUAAGACUGAGUCAAUCUUUCGUUUACUAUUUUUUUAAAAACUGUUGUGCAUGUUCAAGACCAAACCACUAGAUGGCAGCAUAUCCUACAUUUUACCUCAUGAUACUUUCAUGUGUUCAUCAAUCUCACAAAAGAUGCACUUAAUAUUAUCAGUGCUGAGAUUUCCCUAAAUCUGCAAUUAUUAAUGUAGAAUUAUAUCAAAGAUAUAUCAGAAUAGUUUUGAAAUUUGCAAUGAAAGUUUAUUUUUUGUAUUUUCAUUAAACAUUUCAAUGAUU